AUGAGUUUCGAGUAUCCCAAAUUGAGUUUCGAGUAUCCCAAAUUGAGUUUCGAGUAUCCUAGAAUGAGUUUCGAGUAUCCCAAAUUGAGUUUCGAGUAUCCUAGAAUGAGUUUCGAGUAUCCCAAAUUGAGUUUCGAGUAUCCCAAAAUGAGUUUCGAGUAUCCCAAAAUGAGUUUCAAGUAUCCCAAAUUGAGUUUCGAAUAUCACAAAUUGAGCUUCGAGUAUCCCAAAUUGAAUUUCGACUAUCCCAAAUUGAGUUUCGACUAUCCAAAAAGAGUUUCGAGUAUACCAAAAUAA